AUCGCCAGCGCUGGAGGAUCCAGCGGCUGCUGGGAGGCUGCGUCCGCACGCCGCCGGAACGAGGCGGCCGGGCCGCUGCGCGUCAGGUCUGAUACGGGGAGGAGACCGGAGGAAAGAUGCCCACCGAUUCUUUCUGUCUGGCUGCCCAGGCUCGACUUGACUCCAAAUGGUUGAAAACAGAUAUACAGCUUGCAUUCACGAGAGAUGGGCUCUGUGGUCUGUGGAAUGAAAUGGUUAAAGAUGGAGAAAUUAUAUAUAAUGGGACAGAAAUAACCCAGAACGGAGAGCUGCCUCCUAGAAAAGAUGACAGCGUUGAUACUCAAAGUGGAACAAAGAAAGAAGAUCUGAAUGAUAAAGAGAAAAAGGAUGAAGAAGAGACUUGCGCGCCUGUGUAUCGGGCCAAGGCAAUCCUGGAGAGCUGGGUGUGGGGCAGGCAGCCAGACGUGAAUGAGCUAAAGGAGUGUCUCUCUGUGUUGGUGAAAGAGCAGCAGGCUCUGGCUGUCCAGUCGGCCACCACCACCCUGUCAGCUCUCAGACUUAAGCAGCGGCUGGUCAUCUUGGAGCGAUACUUCAUUGCCUUGAAUAGAACCGUUUUCCAGGAGAAUGUCAAAGUUAAGUGGAAAAGCAGCAGCAUUUCUGUGCCUCCUGUGGACAAAAAAAGUUCCCGGCCCUCAGGCAAAGGUGUGGAAGGACUUGCGAGAGUCGGGUCCCGAGCUGCCCUCUCCUUCGCCUUCGCCUUCCUGCGCAGGGCCUGGCGCUCAGGGGAGGAUGCAGAUCUCUGCAGCGAGCUGCUGCAGGAGUCCCUGGAUGCCCUGAGAGCCCUGCCCGAGGCCUCCCUCUUCGACGAGAGCACCGUGUCCUCUGUGUGGCUGGAGGUGGUGGAGAGAGCGACCAGGUUCCUGAGGUCUGUCGUCACAGGGGACGUGCAUGGGACUCCUGGCACCAAGGGGCCGGGAAGCAUCCCUCUGCAGGACCAGCACCUGGCCUUGGCCAUCCUGCUGGAGCUGGCCGUGCAGAGAGGCACACUGAGCCAAAUGUUAUCUGCGAUCCUGCUGUUGCUUCAGUUGUGGGACAGUGGGACGCAGGAGACUGACAAUGAACGAUCUGCCCAGGGCACCAGUGCUCCCCUGCUCCCUUUGCUGCAAAGAUUCCAGAGCAUCAUCUGCAGCAAAGAUGCCCCUCAUACAGAGGGUGACACCCACCUUCUGUCUGGCCCUCUGAGCCCCAACGAGAGUUUCCUGAGGUAUCUGACUCUCCCUCAAGACAGCGAGCUCGCCAUUGACUUGCGACAGACUGCGGUCGUCGUCAUGGCGCACCUGGACCGCCUGGCCACGCCCUGCAUGCCGCCUCUGUGUAGCUCGCCAACCUCUCACAAGGGCUCAUUGCAAGAGGUCAUAGGUUGGGGGCUGGUAGGGUGGAAAUACUACGCCAAUGUGAUCGGGCCAGUGCAGUGUGACGGCCUUGCCAGCCUGGGGGUCGCGCAGGUCGCCUGUGCGGAGAAGCGCUUCCUGAUCCUGUCUCGGAAUGGCCGCGUGUACACGCAGGCCUACAGCAGCGACACGCUGGCCCCGCAGUUGGUCCAGGGACUCGCCUCCAGGAACAUUGUAAAGAUCGCUGCUCAUUCUGAUGGUCACCACUACCUGGCCUUAGCAGCCACGGGAGAGGUGUACUCCUGGGGCUGUGGGGAUGGCGGACGCCUGGGCCAUGGGGACACCGUGCCUCUGGAGGAGCCUAAGGUGAUCUCUGCUUUCUCUGGAAAGCAGGCUGGGAAGCACGUGGUCCACAUCGCGUGCGGCAGCACGUACAGCGCAGCUAUCACUGCCGAGGGGGAGCUCUACACCUGGGGCCGGGGCAACUACGGCCGCCUGGGCCACGGCUCCAGUGAAGAUGAGGCCAUUCCAAUGCUGGUAGCUGGGCUCAAAGGAUUAAAGGUCAUUGACGUGGCCUGCGGGAGUGGGGACGCGCAGACCCUUGCUGUGACAGAGAACGGUCAAGUGUGGUCUUGGGGAGAUGGUGACUAUGGGAAACUGGGAAGAGGUGGUAGUGAUGGCUGCAAAACACCAAAGCUGAUUGAAAAGCUUCAAGACUUGGAUGUGGUCAAAGUUCGAUGUGGAAGUCAGUUUUCUAUCGCUUUGACAAAGGACGGCCAAGUUUAUUCAUGGGGAAAGGGUGACAACCAGAGACUUGGGCAUGGGACAGAGGAGCAUGUUCGUUACCCCAAGCUCUUGGAAGGCUUGCAAGGAAAGAAGGUGAUCGAUGUGGCUGCAGGCUCCACACACUGCCUGGCUCUCACUGAGGACAGUGAGGUCCACAGCUGGGGCAGCAAUGACCAGUGCCAGCACUUUGACACCUUGCGUGUGACCAAGCCAGAGCCCACUGCCCUGCCAGGACUGGAUACCAAACACAUAGUUGGCAUCGCUUGUGGACCUGCCCAGAGCUUUGCGUGGUCAUCGUGUUCUGAGUGGUCCAUCGGCCUCCGGGUCCCUUUUGUGGUGGACAUCUGUUCAAUGACUUUUGAGCAACUGGACCUCCUGUUGCGGCAAGUGAGUGAGGGAAUGGACGGCACUGCCGACUGGCCGCCACCCCAAGAGAAAGAGUGCAUGGCCGUGGCAACCCUGAAUCUGCUGCGACUUCAGUUGCAUGCUGCCAUUAGUCACCAGGUUGACCCAGAAUUCCUUGGUUUAGGUCUGGGCAGCGUCCUCCUCAACAGCCUGAAGCAGACGGUGGUGGCCUUGGCCAGCAGUGCGGGUGUGCUGGGCACUGUGCAGGUGGCUGCCCAGGCGGUGCUGCAGAGUGGCUGGUCCGUGUUGCUGCCCACUGCAGAGGAGCGGGCUCGGGCACUCUCUGCUCUCCUGCCCUGUGCAGUUUCAGGAAAUGAAGUGAACAUCAGUCCAGGUCGUCGGUUCAUGAUCGAUCUUCUGGUGGGCAGCCUGAUGGCUGAUGGAGGCUUGGAGUCAGCUUUAAACGCAGCCAUUACUGCAGAAAUCCAGGAUAUUGAAGCGAAAAAAGAAGCACAGAAGGAAAAAGAAAUUGAUGAACAGGAAGCGAAUGCCUCCACAUUUCAUAGAAGUAGGACUCCACUGGAUAAAGACCUUAUUAAUACAGGGAUCUAUGAAUCUUCUGGAAAACAGUGUUUGCCUCUGGUUCAGCUUAUACAGCAGCUUCUUAGAAACAUUGCUUCUCAGACAGUAGCCAGAUUGAAAGAUGUUGCGCGUCAGAUCUCAUCGUGUCUGGACUAUGAGCAACACAGUCGUGAAAGAUCUGCUUCCUUGGAUUUGUUGCUGCGUUUUCAGCGCUUACUUAUCAGUAAACUUUAUCCAGGAGAAAGUUUUGGUCAGACUGCAGAUACUUCUAGUCCUGAGUUGAUGGGUGUCGGCUCCCUGCUCAAGAAGUACACGGCCCUGCUGUGCACACACAUUGGAGAUAUACUGCCUGUGGCCGCCAGCAUCGCCUCCACCAGCUGGCGCCACUUCGCAGAGGUGGCCUGCAUUGUGGAAGGCGACUUCACUGGUGUUCUUCUUCCAGAACUGGUCGUUUCUAUAGUGCUUUUGCUCAGUAAAAAUGCUGGUCUCAUGCAGGAGGCUGGCGCUGUCCCUCUGCUGGGCGGCCUGCUUGAACAUCUGGAUCGCUUUAAUCACCUGGCGCCAGGGAAGGAAAGGGACGACCAUGAAGAGUUAGCCUGGCCUGGCAUCAUGGAGUCAUUUUUUACAGGUCAGAACUGUAGAAAUAAUGAGGAGGUGACACUUAUACGCAAGGCUGAUUUGGAGAACCACAACAAAGAUGGAGGCUUCUGGACUGUGAUUGAUGGGAAAGUGUAUGACAUAAAGGACUUCCAGACACAGUCAUUAACAGGAAAUAGCAUUCUUGCUCAGUUUGCAGGGGAAGACCCAGUGGUUGCUUUGGAAGCUGCUUUGCAGUUUGAAGACACACGCGAGUCAAUGCAUGCCUUUUGUGUUGGCCAGUAUCUGGAGCCUGACCAAGAAGUCGUUACUGUACCGGACCUGGGAAGUCUGUCUUCGCCUUUGAUAGACACAGAGAGGAAUCUGGGUCUGCUGCUUGGGCUGCAUGCCUCCUACUUAGCGAUGAGCACGCCGCUGUCUCCAGUUGAGGUCGAAUGUGCCAAGUGGCUUCAGUCUUCCAUCUUCUCCGGAGGCCUGCAGACCAGCCAGAUCCACUACAGCUACAAUGAAGAGAAAGACGAGGACCACUGUAGUUCACCUGGGGGGACGCCGGCCAGCAAGUCCCGACUCUGCUCCCACAGACGGGCCCUGGGGGACCAGUCCCAGGCAUUCCUGCAGGCCAUUGCAGAUAACAACAUCCAGGAUCACAAUGUGAAGGAUUUUCUGUGUCAAAUCGAAAGGUACUGUAGGCAGUGCCACUUGACGACUCCGAUCACGUUUCCUCCAGAGCAUCCUGUGGAGGAGGUCGGCCGCUUGCUGCUGUGUUGUCUCUUAAAGCAUGAAGAUUUAGGACAUGUGGCAUUAUCCUUAGUUCAUGCAGGCGCAUUUGGUAUUGAGCAAGUAAAACAGAGAACAUUGCCUAAGUCGGUGGUGGACGUUUGUAGAGUUGUCUACCAGGCAAAAUGCUCACUCAUUAAGACACAUCAAGAACAGGGCCGUUCUUACAAGGAGGUCUGUGCACCAGUCAUCGAACGCUUGAGAUUCCUCUUCAACGAACUGAGACCUGCAGUUUGUAAUGACCUCUCCAUAAUGUCCAAGUUUAAACUGCUAAGUUCUUUGCCUCGGUGGCGGAGGAUAACUCAGAAGAUAAUUCGCGAAAGAAGGAAAAAGAGAGUUCCUAAGAAGCCAGAAUCUACUGAUGAUGAAGAAAAAAUUGGAAAUGAAGAAAGUGAUUUAGAAGAAACUUGCAUUUUGCCUCACAGUCCUAUAAAUGUGGACAAAAGACCCAUUGCAAUUAAAUCACCCAAGGAUAAAUGGCAGCCUCUGUUGAACACGGUUACAGGUGUUCACAAGUAUAAAUGGCUGAAGCAGAAUGUUCAAGGUCUUUAUCCACAGUCUGCGCUUCUCAGCACAAUUGCUGAAUUUGCCCUGAAAGAAGAGCCCGUGGAUGUAGAAAAAAUGAGAAAGUGCCUUCUAAAACAGUUGGAGAGAGCAGAGGUUCGCCUGGAAGGCAUAGAUACAAUUUUAAAACUGGCAGCCAAAAAUUUCUUACUUCCAUCUGUGCAGUAUGCCAUGUUCUGUGGAUGGCAAAGACUUAUUCCUGAAGGAGUUGAUAUAGGGGAACCCCUUACGGAUUGUUUAAAGGAUGUUGAUUUGAUCCCACCUUUUAAUCGAAUGCUGCUGGAAGUGACUUUUGGCAAGCUGUAUGCUUGGGCUGUUCAGAAUAUUCGAAAUGUUUUGAUGGAUGCAAAUGCCAAAUUUAAAGAACUUGGCAUCCAGCCCGUCCCCCUGCAAACCAUUACCAACGAGAACCCGUCAGGACCCAGCCUGGGCACGACCCCGCAGGCCCGCUUCCUCCUGGUGAUGCUCAGCAUGCUCACGCUGCAGCACGGUGCGAGCAACCUGGACCUUCUCCUCAACUCGGGCACGCUCGCCCUCACGCAGACGGCACUGCGGCUGAUCGGGCCUAGUUGUGACAGCGUGGACGAUGAUAUGAACGCUGCUGCCCGAGGUGCUUCUGCGACCGUUUUGGAGGAGACAAGGAAGGAAACCACUCCCGUGCAGCUCCCUGUUUCAGGGCCAGAGCUGGCCGCCAUGAUGAAGAUUGGAACCAGGGUCAUGAGAGGUGUGGACUGGAAAUGGGGCGACCAGGACGGACCGCCUCCGGGCCUCGGCCGUGUGAUCGGUGAACUGGGAGAAGAUGGGUGGAUCCGGGUCCAGUGGGACACGGGCAGCACCAACUCCUACAGGAUGGGGAAAGAGGGGAAGUAUGACCUCAAGCUGGCCGAGCUGCCGGCCUCCACGCAGCCCUCGGCAGAGGACUCGGACACUGAGGAUGACUCUGAAGCUGAACAUACUGAAAAGAAUGUUCACCCCACGGCGAUGAUGCUUACCAGUACUAUUAAUCUACUGCAGACUCUCUGUCUCUCUGCGGGAGUCCAUGCUGAAAUCAUGCAGAGUGAAGCCACCAAGACUCUGUGUGGCCUGCUGCGAAUGUUAGUGGAAAGUGGAACCAUGGACAAAACAUCUUCCCCCGGCAGGCUGGUGUGCCGGGAGCAGCACCGGAGCUGGUGCACGCUGGGCUUCGUGCGCAGCAUCGCGCUCACGCCGCACAUGUGCGCCGCCCUCAGCUCCCCACAGUGGAUCUCGCUGCUCAUGAAGGUCGUGGAGGGACACGCGCCUUUCACCGCCGCCUCGCUGCAGCGCCAGAUCUUAGCUGUCCAUUUACUGCAAGCAGUGCUUCCUUCCUGGGACAAGGUGGACAGGGCGCGGGACAUGAAGUGCCUGGUGGAAAAGCUCUUUGGUUUCCUGGGCAGUCUCCUCACCACCUGCUCCUCGGACAUCCCCUUCCUCAGAGAGUCCACUCUGAGGCGGCGUCGGGCCCGGCCACAGGCCUCACUGACCGCCACCCACAGCAGCACGCUGGCGGAGGAGGUGGUGGCGCUGCUGCGCACGUUGCACUCCCUGGGCCAGUGGAACGGCCUCAUCAACAAGCACAUCAACUCGCAGCUGCACUCGGUCACCCGCAGCUGCACGGGGAAGCCGGCCGAGGGGGCUCUGUUAGAGGAUUACUUCCCCGACUCCGAGAACCUCGAGGUGGGGGGCCUUAUGGCUGUGCUGGCAGUGAUCGGAGGCAUCGACGGUCGCCUGCGACUGGGGGGCCAGGUCGUGCACGACGAGUUUGGGGAAGGCACCGUGAUUCGCAUCACCCCGAAGGGCAAAAUCACCGUGCAGUUCUCAGACAUGCGGACAUGUCGCGUCUGCCCCUUGAAUCACCUAAAGCCGCUUCCCGCUGUAGCAUUCGGCGUCACCAAUCUGCCCUUCACCGAGCCCAUGCUGUCUGUCUGGGCUCAGCUGGUGAACCUUGCUGGAAGCAAGUUGGAAAAGCACAAAAUAAAGAAGUCACCUAAGCAAGGCUUUGCAGGACAAGUGGACCUGGACCUGCUGAGGUGUCAGCAGCUGAAGCUGUAUGUGCUGAAGGCGGGCCGUGCGCUGCUGUCCCACCAGGACCAGCUCAGGCAGAUCUUGUCCCAGCCCGCUGUUCAGGAGGCUGCAGCUGCUCAUACAGAUGACGGAGCAGCUGCGUCCCCUGACCUAGGGGACAUGUCUCCUGAAGGGCCGCAGCCCCCAAUGAUCCUCCUGCAGCAGUUGCUGGCCUCAGCCACGCAGCCGUCUCCAGUGAAGGCCAUCUUUGACAAACAGGAGCUCGAGGCUGCCGCGCUCGCCGUGUGCCAGUGUCUGGCCGUGGAGUCCACGCACCCGUCCAGCCCCAUGUUUGAUGACUGCAGCUCCAGCGAGGCCACGACGCCUGUGCCUGUGCAGCACAUUCGCCCUGUCAGAGCCAAGAGGCGCAAGCAGUCGCCUGUCCCUGCCCUGCCCAUCGUGGUUCAACUCAUGGAAAUGGGGUUUCCCAGGAGGAACAUAGAGUUUGCACUGAAGUCACUCGGUGGCACCUCUGGGAAUGCCGCUGGCUUGCCAGGCGUAGAGGCCCUGGUCGGGUGGCUGCUGGACCACGCCGACGUGCAGGUGACUGAUCUCUCAGAUGUGGACACAGGCUCGGAGGACUGUUCAGACGAGGAGGUGGUGGAGGACGUGGAGGACUCGGCCUUUGCUGUGUCUACUGGUGCUGUUGUAACAGAGAGCCAGACUUACAAGAAACGAGCUGAUUUCCUGAGUAAUGAUGAUUAUGCUGUAUAUGUGAGAGAGAAUAUUCAAGUGGGAAUGAUGGUUCGAUGUUGUCGAACAUAUGAAGAAGUCUGUGAAGGAGAUGUGGGCAAAGUGAUCAAAUUGGAUAGAGAUGGGUUACAUGACCUCAACGUGCAGUGUGACUGGCAACAGAAAGGGGGCACUUACUGGGUUAGGUACAUUCACGUGGAACUGAUAGGCUAUCCUCCACCAAGUUCUCCUUCCCACAUCAAGAUUGGUGAUAAGGUUCGUGUCAAAGCCUCAGUCACCACACCAAAAUACAAGUGGGGAUCCGUGACUCAUCAGAGUGUAGGGGUUGUGAAAGCUUUCAGCGCCAACGGGAAGGAUGUCAUUGUCGACUUUCCUCAGCAGUCUCACUGGACCGGGCUGUUAUCUGAAAUGGAGUUGGUGCCCAGUGUCCACCCCGGGGUUACCUGUGAUGGUUGUCAGAUGUUUCCUAUCAAUGGGUCUCGAUUCAAAUGCAGAAACUGUGAUGACUUUGACUUUUGUGAAACUUGUUUCAAGACCAGAAAGCACAACACCAGGCAUACAUUUGGCAGAAUAAAUGAACCAGGGCAGUCUGCAAUAUUUUGUGGCCGUUCUGGAAAGCAGCUGAAGCGUUGUCACAACAGCCAGCCAGGAAUGCUACUAGACAGCUGGUCCCGGAUGGUGAAGAGCCUCAACGUGUCCUCCUCUGUGAACCAGGCUUCUCGUCUGAUUGAUGGCAGUGAGCCCUGCUGGCAGUCAUCUGGGUCACAGGGAAAGCAUUGGAUUCGUUUGGAGAUUUUCCCAGAUGUUCUUGUUCAUAGAUUAAAAAUGAUCGUAGAUCCCGCUGACAGCAGCUACAUGCCUUCUCUGGUUGUGGUGUCAGGUGGAAAUUCCCUAAAUAACCUAAUUGAACUAAAGACAAUCAAUAUUAACCCCACUGACACCACAGUUUCCCUUCUGAAUGACUGCACUGAGUAUCAUAGGUACAUUGAGAUUGCAAUAAAGCAGUGCAGGAGUUCGGGAAUUGACUGCAAGAUCCAUGGCCUCAUCUUGUUGGGGCGGAUCCGUGCAGAGGAAGAAGAUUUGGCUGCAGUUCCCUUCCUUGCUUCAGACAACGAAGAGGAAGAAGAUGAUAAAGGCAGCAGUGGAAGCCUUAUCAGAAAGAAGGCUGCAGGGCUGGAGUCUGCUGCUACGAUAAGAACCAAAGUGUUUGUGUGGGGACUGAAUGACAAGGACCAGCUGGGAGGACUGAAAGGCUCUAAGAUAAAGGUUCCUUCGUUUUCUGAGACCCUGUCUGCUUUGAAUGUGGUACAGGUGGCUGGUGGUUCUAAAAGUUUGUUUGCUGUGACCGUGGAAGGGAAGGUUUACGCUUGUGGAGAAGCCACGAAUGGUCGGCUGGGGCUGGGCAUCUCCAGUGGCACCGUACCCAUCCCCCGGCAGAUCACGGCACUCAGCAGCUACGUGGUCAAGAAGGUGGCGGUUCACUCAGGUGGUCGCCAUGCCACGGCCCUGACUGUGGACGGGAAGGUGUUUUCCUGGGGUGAAGGUGAUGACGGCAAACUCGGGCACUUCAGCAGAAUGAACUGUGACAAGCCACGGCUCAUAGAGGCCCUGAAGACCAAGCGUAUCCGGGAUAUCGCCUGCGGGAGCUCUCACAGUGCGGCCCUCACCUCCAGUGGCGAGCUGUAUACCUGGGGCCUCGGGGAAUAUGGCCGUUUGGGGCAUGGGGAUAAUACGACACAACUGAAGCCCAAAAUGGUGAAAGUGCUUCUUGGUCACAGAGUGAUCCAGGUGGCGUGUGGAAGUAGGGACGCCCAGACCCUGGCUCUGACUGACGAAGGUUUGGUAUUUUCCUGGGGUGAUGGCGACUUUGGAAAAUUAGGCCGGGGAGGAAGUGAAGGUUGUAACAUUCCCCAGAAUAUCGAGAGGCUCAAUGGCCAGGGCGUGUGCCAGAUCGAGUGUGGGGCUCAGUUCUCCUUGGCGCUCACCAAGUCGGGAGUGGUGUGGACGUGGGGGAAAGGGGAUUACUUCAGGCUGGGCCAUGGCUCAGAUGUGCAUGUGCGGAAGCCACAGGUGGUGGAAGGCCUGAGAGGGAAGAAGAUUGUGCAUGUGGCCGUUGGAGCCCUGCACUGCCUGGCAGUCACGGAUGCGGGGCAGGUGUAUGCUUGGGGUGACAAUGACCAUGGCCAGCAGGGCAACGGCACGACCACAGUGAACAGAAAGCCCACCCUGGUGCACGGCCUAGAAGGCCAGAAGAUCACACGAGUGGCCUGUGGGUCGUCGCACAGCGUGGCGUGGACGACCGUGGACGUGGCGACGCCCUCCGUUCACGAGCCCGUCCUCUUCCAGACUGCGAGAGACCCCUUAGGUGCUUCCUACUUAGGUGUGCCUUCAGAUGCUGAUUCUUCUGCUGCCAGUAAUAAAAUCAGUGGUGCAAGUAACUCUAAGCCGAACCGCCCUUCCCUUGCCAAGAUUCUCCUGUCAUUGGAUGGAAAUCUGGCCAAACAACAGGCCUUAUCUCAUAUACUUACGGCAUUGCAAAUCAUGUAUGCCAGAGACGCGGUGGUUGGGGCCCUGAUGCCAGCAGGCAUGAUGUCCCCGGUGGAGUGUGCCUCCUUCUCCUCGGCAGCCCCUUCUGACGCAUCUGCCAUGGCCAGUCCCAUGAAUGGAGAGGAAUGUGUGCUCGCCGUUGAUAUGGAAGACAGACUGAGUCCAAAUCCAUGGCAAGAAAAGAGGGGAGAGAUGAUCUCUUCUGAGGAUGCUGUAACCCCAUCUGCGGUGACCCCAUCUGCGUCCUCAGCUUCUUCUCGACCAUUUAUUCCAGUGACAGAUGACCCAGGAGCUGCCAGCAUCAUUGCAGAGACUAUGACCAAAACUAAAGAGGAUGUUGAAAGCCAAAACAAGACAUCAGGUCCAGAACCUCAGUCCCUGGAUGAGUUCACCAGUCUGCUGGUCGCUGACGACACCCGGGUGGUGGUGGACCUGCUCAAGCUGUCCGUGUGCAGCCGGGCGGGGGACAGGGGCAGGGACGUGCUCUCGGCGGUGCUGUCCGGCAUGGGCACCGCCUACCCCCAGGUGGCAGACAUGUUGCUGGAACUCUGUGUCACCGAGUUGGAGGACGUCGCCACGGACUCGCAGAGCGGCCGCCUGUCCUCCCAGCCAGUGGUGGUGGAGAGCAGCCACCCCUACACGGACGACACCUCCUCCAGCGGCACCGUCAAGAUCCCAGGUGCGGAAGGACUCCGGGUGGAGUUCGACCGGCAGUGUUCCACGGAGAGGCGCCACGACCCCCUCACGGUCAUGGACGGGGUCAACAGGAUCGUCUCUGUGCGGUCAGGCCGAGAGUGGUCCGACUGGUCCAGUGAGCUGCGUAUCCCAGGGGAUGAGUUGAAAUGGAAGUUCAUCAGUGAUGGGUCUGUGAACGGGUGGGGCUGGCGCUUCACCGUCUACCCGAUCAUGCCAGCUGCAGGGCCUAAAGACCUCCUUUCUGACCGCUGCGUGCUCUCCUGUCCGUCCAUGGACUUGGUGACUUGUCUGCUAGACUUCCGGCUCAACCUGGCCUCUAACAGAAGCAUUGUCCCUCGCCUCGCGGCCUCACUUGCAGCGUGCGCCCAGCUGAGUGCCUUAGCUGCCAGUCACCGAAUGUGGGCCCUUCAAAGGCUGAGGAAGUUGCUUACCACAGAAUUUGGACAGUCUAUCAACAUUAACAGGCUGCUUGGAGAUAGUGAUGGAGAAGCACGAGCUUUGAGCUUUACAGGCAGUGCUCUUGCUGCUUUGGUGAAAGGCCUUCCGGAAGCUUUGCAAAGACAGUUUGAAUAUGAAGAUCCUAUCGUGAGAGGUGGCAAACAGCUGCUUCAUAGCCCAUUCUUUAAGGUCCUGGUAGCGCUGGCCUGUGACCUGGAGCUAGACACCCUCCCUUGCUGUGCCGAGACCCACAAGUGGGCUUGGUUCCGGAGGUACUGCGUGGCCUCCCGUGUGGCGGUGGCCCUGGACAAGAGAACACCGCUGCCCCGCCUGUUUCUCGACGAGGUGGCUAAGAAAAUUCGUGAAUUAAUGGCAGACAGUGAAAACAUGGAUGUUCUCCAUGAGAACCAUGACAUUUUUAAAAGAGAACAAGACGAGCAGCUGGUGCAGUGGAUGAACAGGCGACCAGACGACUGGACUCUCUCUGCUGGUGGCAGUGGAACAAUCUAUGGGUGGGGACACAAUCACCGGGGGCAGCUGGGGGGUAUCGAAGGAGCAAAAGUUAAAGUCCCCACACCGUGUGAAGCCCUGGCUACGCUCAGACCGGUGCAGCUAAUUGGAGGCGAGCAGACGCUCUUCGCGGUGACAGCUGAUGGCAAGCUGUAUGCCACCGGGUAUGGCGCUGGCGGCAGACUGGGCAUCGGAGGGACAGAGUCCGUGUCCACCCCCACGCUGCUCGAGUCCAUUCAGCAUGUGUUCAUUAAGAAAGUAGCAGUGAACUCGGGCGGAAAGCACUGCCUUGCCCUCUCUUCAGAGGGAGAAGUUUACUCUUGGGGUGAAGCGGAAGACGGGAAGCUGGGACAUGGCAACAGAAGUCCGUGCGACCGCCCUCGGGUCAUCGAGUCUUUGAGAGGAAUCGAGGUGGUGGAUGUUGCUGCUGGCGGGGCCCACAGUGCCUGCGUCACCGCAGCUGGGGACCUCUACACCUGGGGCAAGGGCCGGUAUGGCCGACUGGGGCAUAGCGACAGUGAGGACCAGUUAAAGCCAAAGCUGGUGGAGGCGCUGCAGGGCCACCGCGUCAUCGAUGUGGCUUGUGGCAGUGGAGAUGCGCAGACCCUCUGCCUCACUGACGAUGACACCGUCUGGUCCUGGGGAGACGGGGACUACGGCAAGCUGGGCAGAGGGGGCAGUGACGGCUGCAAAGUGCCCAUGAAGAUCGACUCUCUCACAGGCCUCGGGGUGGUUAAAGUGGAAUGUGGAUCCCAGUUUUCUGUUGCUCUGACCAAGUCUGGCACUGUUUAUACCUGGGGCAAAGGCGACUACCACAGGCUGGGCCAUGGGUCCGACGAUCAUGUCAGAAGACCUCGGCAGGUCCAAGGGCUCCAGGGGAAGAAAGUCAUCGCCAUCGCCACUGGCUCCCUGCACUGCGUGUGCUGCACUGAGGAUGGUGAAGUUUACACAUGGGGUGACAACGAUGAAGGACAACUGGGUGAUGGAACAACAAAUGCCAUCCAGAGGCCUCGGCUGGUAGCUGCCCUCCAGGGUAAGAAGGUCAACCGCGUGGCCUGCGGCUCGGCACACACCCUGGCGUGGUCUACCAGCAAGCCUGCCAGCGCAGGGAAGCUCCCUGCACAGGUGCCCAUGGAGUACAAUCACUUGCAGGAAAUCCCCAUCAUAGCGCUGCGGAACCGGCUGCUGCUGCUGCAUCACAUCUCCGAGCUCUUCUGCCCUUGCAUCCCCAUGUUCGACUUGGAGGGUUCUCUCGAUGAGACUGGGCUUGGGCCUUCCGUGGGGUUUGAUACCCUGCGAGGAAUUCUGAUAUCCCAGGGAAAGGAGGCAGCUUUCCGCAAGGUGGUGCAAGCAACCAUGGUGCGAGAUCGCCAGCAUGGGCCUGUGGUGGAGCUGAACCGGAUCCAGGUCAAACGAUCCAGGAGUAAAGGUGGCCUUGCAGGCCCUGAUGGGACCAAGUCUGUCUUCGGGCAGAUGUGUGCCAAGAUGAGCUCCUUUAGCCCCGACAGCCUCCUCCUCCCACACCGUGUCUGGAAAGUCAAGUUUGUGGGCGAAUCUGUGGAUGACUGUGGUGGCGGCUACAGUGAGUCCAUAGCUGAGAUCUGUGAGGAGUUGCAGAACGGACUCACCCCCCUUCUGAUUGUGACGCCCAACGGGAGGGACGAAUCGGGAGCCAACCGCGACUGCUACCUAUUCAGCCCGGCUGCCAGGGCGCCUGUCCACACCAACAUGUUCCGCUUCCUGGGUGUGUUACUGGGCAUUGCCAUCCGCACUGGGAGUCCCCUGAGCCUCAACCUGGCUGAGCCUGUGUGGAAGCAGCUGGCAGGGAUGAACCUCACCAUCGCAGAUCUCAGUGAGGUGGAUAAAGAUUUUAUCCCUGGACUCAUGUACAUCCGCGACAAUGAAGCCACCUCAGAGGAGUUUGAGGCCAUGAGCCUGCCCUUCACGGUGCCCAGUGCCAGCGGCCAGGACAUCCAGCUCAGCUCCAAGUACACACACAUCACCCUGGACAACCGCGCCGAGUAUGUCCGGCUGGCGAUAAACUACAGACUCCACGAAUUCGAUGAGCAGGUGGCUGCCGUCCGGGAGGGGAUGGCCCGAGUGGUACCCGUCCCCCUUCUUUCUCUGUUCACCGGAUAUGAGUUGGAGACCAUGGUGUGUGGCAGCCCGGACAUCCCACUGCAUCUUCUCAAGUCGGUGGCGACGUACAAAGGCAUCGAGCCCUCUGCGCCCCUGAUCCAGUGGUUCUGGGAGGUGAUGGAAUCCUUCUCUAACACGGAGCGCUCCCUCUUCCUCCGCUUCGUGUGGGGCCGGACGAGGCUGCCCAGGACCAUCGCCGACUUCCGGGGCAGGGACUUUGUCAUCCAGGUGCUGGAUAAAUACAGCCCUCCUGACCACUUCCUUCCUGAGUCCUACACCUGCUUCUUUUUGCUGAAGUUGCCCAGGUACUCCUGUAAGCAGGUGCUGGAAGAGAAACUGAAAUAUGCCAUCCACUUUUGCAAAUCCAUAGACACAGAUGAUUAUGCUCGCAUAGCCCUCACGGGCGAGCCAGCUGCUGAUGACAGCAGCGACGACUCGGAAAACGAGGACGUGGAUUCAUUUGCUUCAGACUCUACCCAGGAUUAUUUAACAGGACACUGAGGUGGAGCGGUGCCAUCAGAGACAGCGCAAGAUCAAGCAGGGAGGCAGAGCACUACUGUGUGGGCACAAGCGGUCCGGCGUGUCCUUUCCAUGUCCAGGGAUGGGCAGAGAGACUGGCUGCUCGGGAUUGGAACCUUGCGUGGAACAACGAAUGGAAAACCAGUCCUGCACGUGGGGCCUGAUGUGGACACUAACGUUUAUUUUUGAAACUUCAAGAGGGCCUUCUCACCCGUAAUGCUGCAUUACAUGUAGGACCUCUGUGUUUACUAAAGUGUGUAAAUGUUUCUAUAAAUACUGAAUUGCAGCGUCCCAAAAAUGAAUAAAAAGCCUUUUUACUGUGGGUGCAAUAGAUUUGUUUUCUCCUUCUCCUUCCUUUCAAGUGUUGUGCAUUGUCUUGAUUGUACAUUGGAAAUACUGUGUAACAAUUAAAUCAUAUUAUAAAUAUUUCAAUUAAUUUUACUCUGAAUUUGUUUAUUAAAAGCUUUUUGAACAUUACAUGAUCAGUAUUACUUGAAUGCAUUCAGAGGUGACUUAAAGCAAAACCAAACAGAAAGGCCCUGUGAGCCCCCCUCACGCCAAGGGUACACGAGAGCUUUGCAGCUACUUUCUGUGAGCGUGUCAUAGCUUCUGUCAUGGAAAGUGUACUAUCUACAAAUGUCUGUGUCAUGUGUAUGCCUACAUUUUAAUCCCCUAUAAAUAAAACAUCUGCCACAAAA